GGCGGUGGCGGCCUGGCGGAGCGGUGCGGAGGGGAGCGGGCCCGGCCGGGCAGGCAGAGUGCUGCGUGGAGCCAGGGCACCGGAACGCCGCAGGGAGCCACCAUGUCCCCAUGCCUGCCGCAACCUGCGCCGAGGCCGCCCGCCGCCCCUUAGUGCCACUGCGGCCAUGGUGCUGCUGCUGCAACCACUGCCACCACCACGGGGAUUUCGGCUCGGCAAGGGGACUCUGGGUGCAUCUGCCAUGGUGACAUGAAUCGGGCAGCGAGGGACGCCAAAGCUGGAGGGAAGAGAGCCUGCCCGAGCGGUCCGCUAGUGGUUUAAUUUAUUAGGAGUACCCAGUUUGACUUUACCUGUUCUUUAGUGCAUUGCUCGUUGCUUCUUCCCCUCCCCGGCACUCACAAGGGGAGGGGGUGAGCAGGGAGAGGGACCCCACCUCACCCCGCGGAUGCAAGGAUGACUGUGCUGGCCAGGGCCCGGCGCGGUGUCUGGCAGCUCUCCCCGCAGGUGGUGUUGCUCCUGCUCUUUGCCUUCUGCCUGCUCAGUGUUUUCGUCUCUGCUUAUUAUUUAUAUGGGUGGAAAAGGGGCUUGGAGCCCUCUGGGGAUGUGGUGGGGCCGGACUGUGAUGAGCCCAAGGUGGCCCCUUCCCGCUUGCUGCCACUGAAGACCCUCAAGGUGGCUGAUUCCUCCCGCACGGACCCCUUGGUGCUGGUCUUUGUGGAGAGCCUCUACUCACAGCUUGGUCAGGAGAUCGUGGCCAUUCUGGAGUCGAGUCGCUUCAAAUACAGGACAGAGAUCGCCCCGGGGAAGGGGGACAUGCCCACGCUGACCGACAAGGACCGGGGACGCUUUGCGCUCAUCAUCUAUGAGAACAUCCUCAAGUACGUCAACCUGGACGCCUGGAACCGGGAGCUGCUGGACAAGUACUGUGUAGAGUAUGGCGUGGGCAUCAUCGGCUUCUUCAAGGCCAACGAGAACAGCCUGCUGAGUGCCCAGCUGAAGGGCUUCCCCCUCUUCCUCCACUCCAACCUGGCGCUGAAGGACUGCAGCAUCAACCCCAAGUCUCCCCUGCUGUACAUCACGCGCCCCAGUGAGGUUGAGAAGGGUGUGCUCCCCGGGGAGGACUGGACCGUCUUCCAGUCCAACCACUCCACCUACGAGCCUGUCCUCCUGGCCAAGACCAAGUCAGCCGAGUCCAUCCCACACAUGAGCGUGGAUGCAGCGCUGCAUACCACCGUGAUGCAGGACCUGGGCCUCCACGAUGGGAUCCAGAGGGUGCUUUUUGGCAACAACCUCAACUUCUGGCUGCACAAGCUGGUUUUUGUGGACUCUGUCUCCUUCCUGACGGGCAAGAGGCUCUCCCUGCCCCUCGACCGCUACAUCCUGGUGGACAUCGAUGAUAUCUUUGUGGGCAAGGAGGGCACGCGCAUGAAGGUGGAAGAUGUCAAGGCACUGUUCGACACACAGAAUGAGCUGCGCACCCACAUCCCGAACUUCACCUUCAACCUGGGAUACUCAGGGAAAUUCUUCCACACGGGUACCGAUGCUGAGGAUGAAGGUGAUGACCUGCUGCUGUCCUACGUGAGGGAGUUCUGGUGGUUCCCCCACAUGUGGAGCCACAUGCAGCCUCACCUCUUCCACAACCAGUCGGUGCUCGCCGAGCAGAUGACCUUAAACAAGAAAUUCGCUGUCGAGCAUGGCAUCCCCACUGACAUGGGAUACGCCGUGGCCCCCCACCAUUCAGGUGUGUACCCCGUCCACGUGCAGUUGUACGAAGCUUGGAAGCAGGUUUGGUCAAUCAAAGUGACAAGCACGGAGGAGUACCCCCACCUGAAACCCGCUCGCUAUCGCCGUGGCUUCAUCCACAAUGGCAUCAUGGUACUCCCCCGGCAAACCUGCGGCCUCUUCACACACACCAUCUUCUACAACGAAUACCCUGGUGGUUCCAGUGAACUGGACAAGAUCAUCAACGGGGGUGAACUGUUCCUGACCGUGCUCCUCAACCCCAUCAGCAUCUUCAUGACCCAUCUGUCCAAUUACGGCAACGACCGUCUGGGCUUGUACACCUUCAAGCACCUGGUCCGCUUCCUCAACUCCUGGACCAACCUGAAGCUGCAGACGUUGCCACCGGUGCAGCUGGCACAGAAGUACUUCCAGAUCUUCUCUGAGGAGAAGGACCCACUGUGGCAGGAUCCCUGUGAAGACAAACGGCACAAAGACAUUUGGUCCAAAGAAAAGACCUGUGACCGGUUCCCAAAGCUCCUCAUCAUUGGGCCUCAAAAAACAGGAACAACUGCCCUUUAUCUCUUCUUGGGGAUGCACCCAGACCUGAGCAGCAACUACCCCAGCUCAGAGACCUUCGAGGAGAUACAGUUCUUCAACGGACACAACUAUCACAAGGGCAUCGAUUGGUACAUGGAGUUCUUCCCCAUCCCCUCCAACACCACCUCUGACUUCUACUUUGAGAAAAGUGCCAACUACUUUGACUCAGAAGUGGCUCCCCGGCGAGCUGCCGCCCUGCUCUCCAAGGCCAAAGUCAUCACCAUCCUCAUCAACCCUGCAGAUCGAGCCUACUCCUGGUAUCAGCACCAGCGAGCUCACGAUGACCCGGUUGCCCUGAAAUACACCUUCCACGAGGUGAUCACAGCAGGACCUGAGGCUGCUCCGAAGCUCCGGACCCUGCAGAACCGCUGCCUGGUGCCGGGCUGGUACGCCACACACAUCGAGCGCUGGCUCAACAGCUACCAUGCCAACCAGAUCCUGGUCCUGGACGGCAAGCUGCUCCGAACGGAGCCUGCCAGAGUGAUGGAGACGGUCCAGAAAUUCCUCGGUGUGACCAACUUCAUCGAUUAUCACAAGACCCUGGCGUUUGAUCCAAAGAAAGGAUUCUGGUGUCAGCUUCUGGAUGGAGGGAAAACGAAAUGCUUGGGGAAGAGCAAAGGGAGGAAGUACCCCGAGAUGGAUUCGGAUUCACGCGCCUUCCUGCGGGACUAUUACAGGGACCAUAACAUAGAGCUCUCCAAGCUCCUGUACAAGAUGGGGCAGACGCUGCCCACCUGGCUACGGGAGGAGCUGCAGAGCACCAGGUAGCUGCUGCCCACCAUGACCCAGCGAUACCUGAGUGGGGAUGGAGCCCUGCACCCGGCGGGACCUUCCUCAGCAAUACCCGGCCUUGGAGGGGACCCCAGGAGGAGAAGGCUGCACUGGAGGCUGCCCAAGGCAGCCCGACUGCAGUCGCUGUGCUGCCACCUACCCCAUACCCCUUUCUAUUUCAUUUUAUUUUCCCCUUUUAAUUCCUGGACCUAUCGGUGAGGUCCCUUCCUGCCCUACUCUGACAUGGGGAAGUGGCACAAAUUCCCCUUUUCUCAGCCCAAAAUGGGCUUCAACUCCCUGGGCCUCAGGGCACAAAGAGCAGUCCCUCACCUCCUGGUCCAAGGGUGGAGGAGCCACUCUGGGCAUGCUGAGGUGACUUUGCUGAGCUGGAGCAGAAGAAUGAGCUGGUGGAGACCCAAAGCGCAGAGGGACCCAAAGCCGCUCCUGCCACCAGCCCCACUGCACAAAACAGGAGAGUUUACUGGAUUCCCCAACAUCUACAUAGAAAAGUGGAUUUUUCUAUGAAAGGUUCAGGCAUGAAUUCUUUCAUCAUCUCUAUUUGUUUUCAAGCUCCUCAGCCUCUUGUUCUCCCUCCAUGGGCAGCGUGAUGGGACUGUGGCGGAGCAGGAGGCUGGUCCGGGUGUGCUGGUCCCAGUGUGUAGGUCCCAGGUUGAAGGUCCCAGUGUGCUCCUGUUCCCCGCAGCCCACCAUCAAUCUUGUUCACUCGUGGUGUUUCCUGUGGUAAAGCCAAGCGGUGCCCAACGUCCCCUGGCACAGAGGAGAGCUGGAUCUUGGGGACAGGGCGGACGUUGGGAUAACGGCAGUUGGAAGGAUGCUGAGAACUUCAAACCUCUUGAAUAUUAAAAACAAAAAGUAUUUUAAUAAUGUUUGGGGGGGGGGGGGGGGUCGUUUGGUUCUCAUUUUGCAGGGGGUUGUUUUUCUUCAGUGCCAGAAUUUGUACCGAAGCCCUGAGGGGUUCGUGUGGUCUUUUUGGUUGUUACACGUGACGUUGGACAAAGGUCAGUGCAGAUACAGGGGAUGGAUUCCCAGCUGGAGAUGCGGCUUUAUGGUGGUGGUGCCGUACAGAGCUGCAUCCCUGUGUCCUGUCCCCUGGGGUUUGCUGCUGGGGAUGGCAAAUGAGACUGAGCCAUCACAGGUUUACUGGGGUAAGCACCCAAAUUCCCCCUUGGAUGGAGGGAUGCAGGGUGGCAGUGGCUGCUGCUGGAGGUGGAUGCGGUACCCAGGAUGCUGCCCUUGCCUCCGGAGCAGGAGGAACAUGAUGUUUCACCCUCGGUGAGAGGGGUCCCACAGGCAGGGGAGGGUUUCCACUGUCUUAUUCCUGCAGGAGCCCCUGCAGCCAUACAUGGAGCCAUUGGGGGGCUGCAUCCCCUCUGUCCUCCGUGGGGUUGUACUGGGAGAAGCUCCCAGGUGCUGGUGGAAGGUCCUGUUGAACCAACUGCUAAUAAAUGGGGGGGCUCUGGUUUUA